CCGGGGGCCAUGAGCGCAGGAUGGGCAUCGCCGAGUCCACGCUGGACGAGCUGCCGUCGGACGUGGCGGAGCAACUGAGUAACGGCGAACAGCUCCUGGAGCUGAGCGGGCGGCGCCUGCGGCGCCUGCCCGCCUCGGUGUGCGCCCUGCUCGGCCUGCAGAGGCUCUACAUCAGCGGCACGGGCCUGCGCGAGCUACCCGACGAGAUCGAGGAGCUGCGUGAGCUGCGCAUCCUGGCGCUGGACUUCAACAAGCUGGAGCACGUGCCCGAGGCGCUGUGCCGCCUGCCGCGCCUCAGCCGCCUCUACCUGGGCAGCAACCGGCUGCUCGGGCUGCCCGCCGACUUCGCGCAGCUGCAGAGCCUGCGCUGCCUCUGGCUCGAGGGCAACCACGUGCGGCGCUUCCCGCGCGCGCUGCUCCGCAUGCCGGCGCUGCAGUCCCUGCAGCUGGGCGACAACCGCCUGCGCGGCCUGCCCGCAGAGCUGCCCAGCAUGGUGGGCCUGCGCGGACUCUGGCUCUACGGCAACCGCCUCGAGGUGUUCCCCAGCGUGCUGCUGCGAAUGGGCCGCCUGCGCAUCCUCGACGUGGACCGCAACCAGCUGGGCGGCUUCCCCGACUUGAGGCCGCUGCGCGCGCUGCGCGUCUUCUCCUACGACCACAACCCUGUCACGGGGCCCCCGCGGGUCCUCGACACGGUAUUCCUAGUGGGCGAGGGUGCCGUCGAGCGCAUGGCGGAGCGUGACGAGCCGCCGCCGGCGCCCCGGCCGCCGCACCCCCGUCCAGCCCCGACCCAGGCGCCGGGUCCGCCGCCCUCCGUGAGUGCAGAGAAGGAGGAGGAGGAGGAGGAGGAGGAGGAAGAGCCAGAGCGCGAGGGGGACGUGGAGGAAGAAGAGGAGGAGGAACUGGAGGAGGAGGAGGAAGAGAUUGCGCUCUGUGCAGGGCGCAAGCCCCCGGGCCUGGGAAUCCCCAGGAAAGGCGAGCCCACUUGAGCUCUCCAGGCCCUGACUUUCUCGACUUUGCUUCUUUCCAGGCCCCAGAGGACACCUGGGCACCAGGAACAUCCCCAGAGGAUACCUGGGUAGCUGCCUACUACACAGUCCACUCAUUGCUUGGGGGAGUUGGUCCUGCCAGGCUGGGAAGCCCAAAGGGACUCCCCUUUCUCCUGCUGCCUGGGCCUCAGACCAUGGCUCACCUCUAGGGAAUGUCCCCUGCUAGGGCUGCCGACCUCCCGGAGCUGCUGGUGGCUUUGGGACCAUCAUCUCUCACUGGGUCUUGGGAGGACGGUCAACUAUUCUCCCACUGGCCACCUCCUUCCUCCUCUCCUAAAGGUCACUACCUCUCACAAGGCCUGAGAACCACAGGCCAUCCCCUAGAAGCAUCACUGCUCUGAAGAACUGGUAGCUGGUACUUUCCUGCAGAAGAGGUCCUUCUGGGGCACAUUUGCCCCAGAAGGUGGGACUGGGGGACAUGCUAGCCAGGCUAAUCGAGCGGUGUUGGGUAAGGGAAGUUCUGGGAUCCAGGAGGCCAGGAGAGGCCUGUGUUUAGCACCAAAUCACCUCCAUCCCUCCAUGGGGAUCCUACAUACCUCUUCAGGCUGUCAAGCUUAAGGCCUGCCACCUAAGCAGUAUUUAGCAACAUGGAAAGGAAGAAUCCUGCACCCUGCUUCUCUCAAACCCUUGGCCAUUUGGAGUGUCACUGCCUCCCCCCCCACCCCCCAGCAUGGGAGCUGUUCCUUCCAGCUGUCAAGUUUGAAAAGACGCUGGCAUUCCCAUGUUGUGCCUGUGCUAGGCCUCCAGUUCGGCUCCCUCUGCCCCCCAGAGCGGGGUGGGAAUCAGGCAGCAGUGCUGUCACUCCUUGGAUGCCUCCUUUUUUUAGGCCCAUACAUGGGCACAUCUGGGGGAGCUGCUAUGGAGCAGGAGGGGAUGGGACGGACUGGCCCUGCCUCACUUCCUCUUCCCUCCUGGGCCAGGGCCAGCCCGAUCCCCAUUGCCCUCUUCCCAUUCUGCUUGGCCAGGACCAAAAUCUUUACCAUCUGAGCAAUAAAGGAAAGAGAUUUGCUAGGGCAGAGAGGGCAGGGGCUGGGGGUAACUCAGGGACACAGUCAGGUGACACAGCGACUAAGUGAAAGAGGGAUAUUCUUUAACAGAAAAAUUAUGCCUGUAAACCAUAAAUUAUAUUUCCUGGAGAAAGAAUCCUUGUUUCCCACAUGCCUGUUUAUUUAUAAGCCCUGGGAGUUUGCUGGGCUCUAGUUGCUGUGUAUCCUUCUGUUUCUCUCUCUGGUGGCCUGGCCAGCUUUGGUCCUUACCCUGUCAUCAUCCUGCCCCACUCCCCCAUCCGUCCAGCAGCCCUGCCAUCUGUCUGUCCAGGGUCAGGACUGUGUGCCAGGCACCACCGCUUUGCUCUCCUUCCAUCUGAGCUGGGUCUCGGUCCAGCCAAGUGCUGGCCGGCUCUGUCUCCUUGUCAGCCUGUGUUUUGUUACUUCUGGCCAGCCCAGCUCUGUUCUGUGUCAAUGCAGCCUGGGUUCAAUUAGUCUAGACCCCAGCCUGUCUUUCUGCUUUAAGUCUCUGGCCAAACCCUCUCUGAUCUCUCUCUGUCUGUCUGUCUUUUUGUUUUCAGGCUCUAAGCCUUUGUGGUGAUGCUCCCUUAGCCCAGAUUUUCCUAUGGGGGUUUUUUCCUGCCCCUCUCCUCCCUAUCCCUUUAUCCCAUCCCCGCCCCCCCUUGAUAACUUUGUCGCUUCUCUGUACCAUCUCUGUGUUCUUUGCCUUCCUUCCUUCCCUCUCCACCAUCUGGCCUCCGCCUCUUUCUCUGUUUCCCUUCCUGGGUGUGUCCCUCUGCCUCUGCUGUUUUCUGUCCUGACCCCUCUCCCUAGCACUUCCUCUCUCAAUGUCAGCACCUCCGCCUUCCUCUGUCCCUUCUUUCUUCCUGCCCCUCUGUUCCCUGUCUCCCUGGGUGCCUCCCUUCUGCUCCCCCUGCCCCUAGCUACACUGCCUGUUCCUCUGUCUCCAUCUUUCUCUGCUUCAUCUCCAUUCCUGUCCCACUUUAGCUUCUCUCUCUGUCUCUUCCUGUCUGUCUUCCUCUCUUCCCUUUGGCCCCUUGCUCUGCCUUCUACCUCUGUUUUACUUUCAUGAUUGUCUUUGUAACCCCCUUGUUUAGCAGGACAUUUAGCACACAGUAGGUGUUUAACAGAUGCUAGUGGAUUGAUUGAUCCAUCUGCUGUUUCCCUGCCUCUUCCUUCCUCUCUGUGUCCUUGUCUUCCUCUGUCUUGUUUGUUCUCUGCCUCUCUGCUCCACUAGCCAUCUCCUGACAUGCUUGGUCCCUCCCUCCCUCCCU